CAUCGCUGUUCAAGUUGCUUGACAAGCAGCCGGGUGUCCCAUAGUAACAGCAUGCUCGCCAAAGACAGGCUCCCGGUAUACUUGAGCCAAGUUACUCACGUUCAACGCGUCCAAUUGGUCUUCCUGACCCGAUCGAUGCAACGACCACUUCGCCGACUCCCUUCAUGUAGCGCUCACAUUCGAUUUCUCCGCAGAGUUCUCCGUCCUCUCUCGUCAUGCGUGUCCUCAGCUACGUUUUCCUUUUAGCCUCCGUUGCAUCGGCCGCGUCGGUUAUCACCAUCGAUGAAGAGAUCACCAAGCUGGAGUCGACGAUUGCCGAGCUGAAGGUAAUCAAGGCCGCUGAAGAAAACAACAAGGAAGCUCUCAAGUUCGUGUCAACUGCGGCCAUGGCUUCCUCUUCGAACGGUUCCGGCAGCUCCAGCUCCACCGUCACCGCUGGUGACACGUCGGACAACAGCGAGUUCGACAUCGAGCCACAGCCGACACGUGCCACCACAGAAGCUCCCAGCGCCGAGUCCGCCUCUGCAAGCCAAACCGCCAGCUCCACUACGAGCAGCGGCUCCGUUGAGGCCGCCACAAGCUCCUCGGCCGCGAGUGCCAGCGCCAGUGCCAGCGCUAGCAGCAGUGCGUCCACUGUGGUGCCAUCGGCUCUUGCCCUCGUGACGGCUGUCGUCUACGCCAUGCUUUAAGCGGGCGUCCCAUCGUCUUACCGAUCGACUCCAUUUUCUCGCGUCGUCGUCGGCCGGCUACACUGCAGAGAAGAAAUCCUUCGUGCUGCGACUUUUUGAGCACCAUCUUUUUAUCUGAACGAAUAUACUUCGACUUGUUUGACGCGAUAUUGCUGUCGGAUAC